AUGGAGACUCAUCAGGGCUGCUGCCACAGUUUCAACAGGUUGCUGAGUUCGGGAGCUGAUGAGGACCAGGAACAACAGCAUGGUGUGAAUGAAAUUGUCCCAAAGGCUGGAGAGGAAGGAGGCAAGAAAGUGCUAGUACAGAGCGAGAUUGCUCAGGGUGAGCCUGAUCAGGGCAAACCUGCUCUGAGCGAACUUGCUCCAAUCAAGCCUGCUCAAGAAGAGCUUGCUCAGUCCAGUCAUCCCCAGGAAGCCACAGGAGUGGUAGAGGAGGGAGAAAAUAAAGAAGAAGAAAUGCAAGAAGGACAUGCUGGCGAUGGUAGUUCUAGCCCCAUGGACAAGGAAAUCCACAAAGAAGGUGGUCAUAGCAGCAGUGUUCAGCACCAGCCUCAGCAAGAGGCAGCGAUGCCUGAGGGCACCAAUCAUCUCCAGGCUGGGGACAGGCUGCCUUUCCAGCGCCGAACCAGAUUCACCCAGUCUCAGCUGCAGGACCUGGAGUGUCUUUUCCAAGAGACUCGCUACCCCAGCUUGAGAGCAAGGAAGGAUCUUGCAAGAUGGAUGGGAGUGCCAGAAGCCGAUGUGCAGGAUUGGUUUAGGGACAGGAGAGCCAGUUUCAGGAGAAGCAAUAGACUGUCAAGGCUGUUUGAUGCUCCUGGUCCCCAGAACAAGGAUCCCUGA